GUAGGAAUCAUCCAGUGUUUCCAAACCAGGGGCCUCCAGUUGUUGCAAAACUACAACUCCCAGCAUGCGCUGACAGCCUUUGCCUUUGGUAGGCACAGAGCUCCACCUAGUGGUGGAGGCGUUUGGAGUGGACGGCAGGAGAAACCUCUGAUCCUGGAAGAUUAACCCCUUACAUGCUGCCAUCAAAUCACGACUUCGAUGGGGAUCCCCCGGUGUCUCAGCAGGCCUCCUCCUGGGAGGUGUCUCCAGAGCUGAGCAGUGAUGGGCGCCCGCUGACCCUGGAUGAGGCUCUUCAGGCUCUUCCUGACCGCUUACAGCUAAGGAUGGAGAUAGAUGGAGCUGCUGUCACCCUACAGCUUCAUCAUAACCAACUUUUGCUGCCAGACUUUCACACAAUAACCUAUUACCUUCCUGAUGGGACUGGAGUAAGAGACAGGCGGCCGGAGCUGAUAAACUGUUUCUAUCAUGGGAGGCUGGAGGGAGUUGGUGGCCCCUGGAGCAGCCUCAGCCUGUGCUCUGGUCUCAGGGGGACAAUCAUUUUGGGGCCAGAGCAGAGGUUCAGCAUUGAGCCAAUUCCAGAGGACCCCAUCUCCAAGCACAUAGUGCACCCGAUAGAGACGAAUCGGAACACGACGUGUGAGACAGCGGCUGAGGAUCUGUCUGUGACUGAAUGGGUGGGGAGGACGCUGCUCAGCCUGACAGAGGAGAGGCCACUUCCAUCACAGACGGACACUUCUCAUUGGGUGGAGAGUGAGGUGAAGUAUGUGGAGCUGGUGAUGGUGGCAGAUAACAGCGAGUUCAGGAAGUAUAACCAGGACCUGCAGAGACUCCAUGUGCGGAUGCUGGAGAUCGCCAACAAGAUGGACGCAUUUUACCGGAUGCUGAAUGUUAGGGUGGUGCUGGUCAUGGUGGAAGUGUGGAGCCAGAAGGACAUGAUCUCCGUCAGUACGGAUCCAGCGGAGACAUUGAACAGAUUCCUGUCCUGGAGGGUGAAGGAUCUGAUACGACGGACUCAUCACGACAACGCCCAUCUCCUAACGGGGGUGACAUUUAAGGGCUCCUCUGUUGGCAUGGCCACAAUGAACUCAAUCUGCACACCGGAGUCUGGAGGGGUGACCAUGGAUCACUCGCAGAGCAUUAUAGUUGUGGCAUCCACCAUGGCGCAUGAGCUGGGGCACAAUCUGGGCUUGAAUCAUGACACUGUAGACGGGACGUGCGGACAGCCACGGAUGGGAAAGCAGUGGAUAAUGACACAGUCCACCGGGUUUAUGCCAGGCUUGGAGUUCAGUAACUGCAGUGUGAAAGAUCUGAUGACCAGUCUGCACCAAGGUGGAGGGAUGUGCCUGUUCAAUGUGCCCAGUCCGAGCAGUGUGUAUGGUCAGCCUGUGUGUGGAAACUUGCUGGUGGAGGAUGGAGAAGAGUGCGACUGCGGCCUGCUGCAGGACUGUAUGGAUCCUUGCUGUAAUGCCAGCAGCUGCAAGUUGAUGCCGGGGGCAGAGUGCGCCUCUGAUGGCUCAUGCUGUGAGCGCUGUAAGAUAAGACCCUCUGGAACAUUAUGCCGGCAGGCGUUUGGGGAGUGUGAUCUUCCAGAAUACUGCAAUGGAGUGUCUCCUCACUGCCCGGCCAAUGUCUACUUCCAGAAUGGGGAGCCCUGUGCAAAAGGUCGAGCGCACUGCUACCAGGGAGAAUGCAGAACGCUGCAGACACAGUGCCAACGUCUUUGGGGUCCAGGUUCUUUAACUGCUCCUGAUUCCUGCUUUGCCAAAGUGAACACAAGAGGAGAUAAAUAUGGAAACUGUGGACGGAUCAGCAAUGGCUCUUACCUCCCCUGCACCCCGAGGGAUAUCCUCUGUGGAAGCAUUCAGUGUUUGGGUGGUAGAGAUCGCCCCCUGUUGGGCACCAGUGCAGAAAUUAUUUCCAUCCCAGUCACUGUGAACAGAACGGAAAUCUUGUGUCGGGGCACUUACUUCAAUCUGGGAGAUGAUGUUUGGGACUCUGUUCUGGUAAAGACUGGAACGGUCUGUGGGCCAGGAAAGGUUUGUGUCAAUCAGCAGUGUCGAGAUGUGGGAGAGCUAAAGAUGUGCAGGAGCCGAUGUGGGGGACACGGGGUGUGUAAUAGUAAUGAGAACUGUCACUGUGACCCGGGGUGGUCUCCUCCCUACUGCACCUCGUCUGGUGACGGUGGGAGCCUGGACAGUGGGCCGGUCGCUCUGGAGCAUGGUGGCUCCUCUGUGGCCAGCACAGUGUUCUUGGUUCUCCUGGUCAUCUGCCUCCUUGUUCUCCUCCUCGUCUGUUACCUCAAGCGGGGAUUUCUUCAGAGGAAGCUCAGCAACGUCUUCAGUAAAAGCAGUAAAUGUCAGUACAGAGUAACCCACAACAGCAGCCAGCCUCGACCCCAGCGUCCGCCCCCGCCUCACUGGACACAGAGUACGGAGCUGCAGGUGAUGUCCAGCAGUAACCAGUCUGAUAGUGAAGGCUCUGACCGGCCUGAUCCUCCAUCCAAGCCUCUCCCUCCUGACCCGGUUCAGAAGCACAGCCAGGCUGCUGCUCAGGACAGGCCACCUGCCCCAACACGGCCUCUUCCUGUGGACCCCUUCCCACGAUGGGCCCAGGUGCCUUCUUUUACCAAACCUCCUCCCCCUCCUCCCAAGAAGCCCUUACCGCUAAGUCCCAUACAGGAGCGCCUGCUCGGUGCAUCAGCCUACCCCGACCUUAUCACCCCGGCACGGCAUGCUCCAAAACCCCCGUACACAGGAAGGACCCCCAAAGUGUAACGUGAGGAGACCCCAGGAGAUACGCCAUUCUCUGCAUAGUGACUACUACACAUUGUGCCUUUGCACUGGAUAUCAUUGCCCCCAGCUGGACUUGUGGGGAUCCUCUUUUCUUUGACUUAUUUUACCUUUUUAUUAUGUUGCUGAAUAAGUGAAUGUUUGGCGUUUGUGUGUUCUGGACGAGUUUACAUAUUUAUGUGCAAUACGUGUGGUGUAUAAAGGAUGAGAUGUAUAGGACGAUGCCUUCUGUGCUGAUCGGAGGGGCCUGGGAGAGGGCCGCAUGUCUUCCAAUAGAAUUGAGCAUUCCUGUGUGACUGGUGUGGACGGGUGGGUGUUGUGGACUAUGGCCGUCUAUAUGGUAAGAGAUCAUCCAAGUGUCUGAAGGAUCAACAUGAUAACCACUUGGCUUCUGAAAUGUGACUUCAUGGCCUACAGGGGGCAACACUGCUGUUUGUUCCUUUGUAUGGCCUAUAGGGGGCAGUGCUGUCUGUUGUCCCUGUGUAUGUCCUACAAGGGGCAGUGCUGAUGGCUAUCCCCAUGAAUGAACAAUAGUGGACAAUGCAGGUGACUGUCCCUGUGGCCUUUAGGGGGCAGUGCUCAUGGCUGUUCCUGUGAAUUGACAAUAGGCGGCAAUGCAGCUGGCUGUCCAUGUAUGGUCUACAGGGGGCAGUGCAUCUGGCUUUUCCCUGUGUAUGGUCUAUAGGGGGGCAGUGCAGCUGGCUGUCCCUAUGAAUGGCCAAUAGGGGCAGCACUCCUGGAUGUCUCUGUGAAUGGCCAAUAUGCAGGACCCAUGAAAAUGUUUUUUUUUUUUUAAUAAUGCUUAUUGUAUGUUUUUUUAAUUAAAUGUAUAGAUGAUAUAUAAAGUCAGUCAUCAGAUUUCACCAACCUGUUCAUUAUAAACAAUACAGGAUGUUCACCUGUAACAAAGGCAUCAGUCAGUGUAUUUGUAACGUGCCUACACCUCACACCCUGCCGGAGGAGAUGGCAUGGGUGCCUACACCUCACACCCUGCCAGAGGAGAUGGUAUGGGCGCCUACACCUCACACCCUGCCGGAGGAGAUGGCCUGGGCGCCUACACCUCACCCUGCCGGAGGAGAAGGCCUGGACGCCUACACCUCAUGCUGCCAGGGGAGAUGGCAUGGGCGCCUACACCUCACACCCUGCUGGAGGAGAUGGCAUGGGCGCCUACACCUCACACCCUGCCGGAGGAGAUGGCCUGGGCGCCUACACCUCAUGCUGCCAGAG